UCAAGCAAAAAACGAGUCUGUUACGUAUAUUUCCAGCUCUUGAUGGUCAUCUGCCAAACUUCUCAAAAAGGGCAUGAUUUACUGGUUUGCUUAUUGUGUAUGCACCGUUGAUAAAAGCUUAUAGCACCUGAUUCGAUAAUUAGAAAAGGCGGAUGUGCUUUGAUGGUUUAGAUUGUCUUCCAUAUGCUUUCAUGAAACUACUCAAAGAAUUAUCAGUCUUCUUUAAACCUUCUCUGUACCUAAGAAUACACAGUACCAAUUCAUUCGAUGAUUUUUUUUAGUUUUUUUAGUUUUUUUUUUUUUUUUGAGACAAGCAUAAGUUGUUGAUUGAUGGAAGCGUCAUUUGUCCUUGAAAUGCAGAAGAUAAAAUUUUCUGAGGAAUUUCCGGACAAGCCAGCAGAUGCCUUGGCAGAAACUACUUCCAGGGACAUUUGGAACGACAGAGGAAAAUCUGCUGGUUCACAGGAUCGGAGUGAGAGUAAAUUGCUGUUGAAUUCAUCCUUGGUACGAAUUGCUGUCGUAAAGAAAGCUGCUCCUAUCUCCAGCCUUAGUGCUUCAGUCGAAGGGACUAAACAAGAUGAAGCGGAUAAGAAAGGUGGUGGUUCGAGCUUUAGACUGCAGUCAAAAUGUCAAAACUAUGGAAUUAGCAUUGAUGAUGAUUGAACUGUCAGAUCAGUUGCAAAUGAUAUGUUGUGUUAGCAGAAAACAUUUUGAUUCUUUGAUUGAAGGGAAAAGCAAAAUUUUCUAAUGGGAAUCCACGCACGACGACAAUUUACCUUU